UUUAUAAUUGAAAUGCACUAUAAAAGGAUGUAAAUUGUGAAUAAUUUUAUUCCAAGUCAAAGACUGUAGAUAUGAUGUCUCCUACAAUUCUUUGGCUAUUCUACUGUUUCGUUGUACCGAACGUCCGCAGCGACGUAGAAUUAGCCGGAGCAGCUUUGAACUCGGACACAUCUCUUGAAAACAAUGCCAAUAGCGAGGUCGCAGAUCACAACAAAAAUGAUUUGGAUUUAAGUCGACUCACCAGUGACUCUAACUUAGCCGUAUCAGAUGCAGACCUAAAUCUAGGAGCUUCAGAUUCAGCUAAUAGAUUAUCUAGACAGAAUGAACAGGAUUCCAGUGUUGCCAGUGACUUAAACGGUCAUGAUAAUUUGAGAAAUUUGAGAUCCAAUUUGAAUGGUGUGGGUGUUUAUGAUUUCACUAACCGUGCAAAUAAUUUAAGACACCCUUCACUAAGUGAUGUGAAUGGCGUUUUAAGCGGACUAGAAGCUUUACAUCAAGCAAAGGUUAGGAAUGGUAGACUGAAUGUUGUGACUAGAAGCGGACUUAAUGAUCAAAAUCAAGUCAGUGUUCUUGAUGGCAGUCGACUAUCUGCUUUGAUAGCACUUAAUAGACAUGGUGUGGUUGGAAAUGGAGUCAGCGGUGUAAGUGGAUUGAAUAUAAUUGAGAGAAAUGGUUUAACGAACUCUAAAGGUUUGAACGCACUUGAAAAUGUAAUUGUACAAAGAUCAGCGGCAUUACGUGAAAUUAACAGCGAUAAAGUUAAUGGUGUUAACAAUGUUAAUGGUUUGAAUGGAGAUAAAGAAAGUUUAUUAUCUACUGUGAAUCGAUGGGCCGUAUUGUCUAAGCACCAUAUAGGAGAUUUGCUGAAUAGUAACCAGGACCAAAAUUUAAAUGGUCAACUUGCAGUGAAUGAAGUUAACGGUCAAUCUGAUACCAACGGUCUCAGUAGAAGUGGUGUAAGCGGUGUGUACUACAGAACAGGUAAUGUACACGGCUUAGAUGGUUUAAGUCAUGGUAAUUUAGGACUGGCCAACAGACUAGUUAAUAAUAAAGUCGAAAAUUUGGUUAAACUACGACUGAGUGGAGCUAACAACGGUGUAAAUGGUGUGAACGGCCUCGGUCUACUCAAUAAUCUCCAUUCGAGUAAUUUGGAAAAUGAUUUAAAUUUGGAACAUCAAAAUAAUUUGCUAAACCGUGUCCAUAAUCAUGCAGAUGACGUAAAUGUUUUAGGAAAUGUAAACUCAAAUAACGCGAAUCUUUUAAACGAACUUAGCAGAAGUGGUUUAUUAGGUUCUAAUUUGAAUAAUCAAAAAGUUAGUCUUAACGCAUUAAAAGAAGCAACUAAACUUGGAUUGCAACAACCGGUACUUUUGGACCGAUCUAUAUUAAUGGGUAGAAGUGGCAGUGGAUUAAAUGAAGAAGAUUUAUUAAAUGCAGCAGCCAAUCAUAAUGAGGGGAAAUUGAAUGCAUUAAGUGCACUUGUUAGUUUAAGUGAUGUUAAUAACAACAACAAUUUAAGAAGUGCUUUAAAUAAUUUGGCCAAUCAAAAUGGUUUGAGUAAAUCUAGCGAAAGUAAUUCGAAUGAUCUUGGCUUAGUAGGAGGCUCUAACCUUCACCGCCACUCUAAUGGUUUAACUGCUACCAGUGGGUUGCAUGCCAAUAAUGUUAAUAGUUUGAAAUCCAGCCAACCCGCUUCACUGGUCAAUUCAGUAGGUCUCAAUAGCCUCAGCAACAACGGUGUCAACGUAAACGGAGAAUCUGGUUUAAACUCUCUCAACAAUCUCGAAACAUCAAAUAGAGAACAUAAUAACCUAUCAAAUGAAGAAAAUAACUUAGAUUCCGAAGCAACAGUAGAAAGCAGAUUGCCUUCAGCAGAAAUUGAAUUAGACAAUCAAAAUAGAAGAUAUUUAGGUAACAGGUUGAGAAACUUGGGAUUUAGCCACGGUAAAGGUUGGGGUCCUAAUAAACCAGUCAUAUAUUCCCCAUAUGAUUUACCAAAUCCAGUAGUACCCUAUAGACCAUAUAACAGACCAGUAAUAGUACCCCGACCGUAUAGACCACAAGAAUGGUACCAAUCUUAUCACCCUACCACUUAUAUCCCCUACGCCUUAAAAGGACGAAGUGGAUUGAAUGGUGACGUACCUUUAAGCAAUGAUGCAGUCGAUCUUUCAUCUUUAUUGCUAAACGUUAAUAGUUUAAAUGACGUUGAUAGCAUAUCCAAUAAACUGGUUGAUUUAACUGACUACGACAUCGAUAAUUUGUUAAGUUUAUUUGAAAAAACCGAGCUCAAUGGAAUAUCAACCGGUAAAAAUGAACUGAGAAGUGGAGUCGAAGUUAAUUCUGAUAAUCUCGCUUCAGAACUCGACGCUAUUAAUCUCAGUGAAUUAAAUAACAAGAAUUUGAACAAUCGAAGAAUCUUAAGCAACAUAUUAAGACGAUUGCACUCAAACGUAGGAAAGAAUGCAAACGUUGCCAACAAUGAUUUGUUAAAUUUGAAUACUAACGCUCAAAGCGGUCUAAACAAAUUAGUUGGAGUAGAUUCUUUGGCAAUCAAAUCAAAUAACAAUGAACUUGAAGAAGCAGUCAACGAAGCUUUAAGAUCAAACAAUGCCAACGAGCAAAACUUAGAAGAUGUUGAAAAUGUGGUAGCGAAUGCAAGAAGAAAUUUUAUGAGACGUGGAUAAAA